AUGACUCCCAAGGAAGGGAUCGGGGUAACUCCUUUCCACCUGGUGUACAGCGUAGAAGCGGUCGUCCCCGUCGAGGUCGACGUUGAAUCCGAUCAGAUACAACACUAUAGCGAGGACAACACCGAGCGGAUGCUCUCGGAGCUGGACUUGGUGGACGAGGUGCGCGCCAAAGCGGUAGUGCGACUGAUGUCCUACCGGCAAAGAAUGAGGCAGAACUACAACCGAAGGGUGAUCCCAAGAUCGUUUCAGAUCGGCAACUUGGUGUGGAAGAAAGUAAAGCCGUUCGGCAACGUCUCGAAGUUGGAAGCCCCCUGGGGCGGGUCUUUUAAGGUCGUGGGAAAGCUCCGCUCAGGUACCUACUACUUGGAGGACGAGGAUGAGAGACGACUAGAACGGCCAUGGAGCGUAAAUCAUCUCCAGCCCUACCGAGCCGGAUAA